GUCACAGGGUAUCGGCUGUGUGAACACUGCAGACACGCGUGGAAAGAGAUGCAGACGGAGCGUGCAAAGAGGAUGGACUCUGCAGGAGAAGAAGCGUCCCUGAAUUCACCUGAGCUGCCCUGGAACCAGCUCUAUUGGAAGAGAAGGACUGAGUCCAGGAUCCAGUUAAGGAGGAGAGUGUGCUUCACUGGCCCUGCUGCUGCUGCUGCUGUUACCGGGGUAUUGGCAAUCCUCAUACUGGCUGCUGGCAGUGUGAGCAGCAACAGUGAGUUUGUGACAGUCCCGAGCUCAGUGAAGUGUACUGAGGGGCAGGACUGUAUCCUGAGCUGCACCUUCAACUACACAGCUGGAGGCUGGUCAGGUGUGACCUGGAGACAAGCACAAAUGGACCACAUCGUUCACGGUUACUAUAACAACAGGUACCAGCUUGCCCAUCAGCUCCCUCAGUAUGUGAACAGGACCAGCCUGUUUGAUUCUGAGCUGCAGCGCGGGAACGCUUCACUGCUGCUGAGGAGAGUCAGGGAGGGAGACGCUGGGAAAUACACGUGCUUCGUUAAGGGUACUAGACUGUAUGGGUUGGGCCUGACUGAGGUAGUCGUGGUUCCGGCUCAACCCACAACAGCACCAGCUCAUGUGACAGCCCCAAGCUCAGUGAAGUGUACUGAGGGGCAGGACUGUAUCCUGAGCUGCACCUUCAACUACACAGGUUUAGGCUGGGAUGAGAAGUCAGGUGUGAUCUGGAGAAGAGCAGAAAUGGACCACAUCGUUCACAGUUACCAUGACAACUGGGAGCAGCUUGCCCAUCAGCUCCCUCAGUAUGUGAGCAGAACCAGCCUGUUUGAUUCUGAGCUGCAGCGCGGGAACGCUUCACUGCUGCUGAGGAGAGUCAGAGAGGAAGAUGCUGGAGAAUACAGGUGCUCUGUUUCCACUCCUAGACUGUCCGGGUCGGGCCUGACUGAGGUAGUCGUGGUUCCGGCUCAACGACACGCCUGGUGGGGUUUUGGAGCAGUUCUUCUUUGUGUGAUUGCAGGGCUCUGUGUCGGUCUGUGGCUCUAUAAAAACACACACAGGUCACAGCUGGAAGUCCAACAAGGCUUCUAGUCCAGCACAGGCAGUGCUGUUAUCAGACGUGAAACGUGAUCAGUGUUGAAGAGAAAUUUUAAAAAUCACAUUGUUUCUGAGACAAUUGAACUAUUAUCUGUACUCUCGUUGUCUUUGCACACUAUCAGAACAAUCCAGCAAAGAGAGACAGUAGUUUAUUCAACAUGACAUUAACCUCUUCAGCUCCAGGAUGCACAUCAAAGGAAAGAGCACUUGCAGUACCACGCCCUGCCUGCGCACGUCAAGGUUUGCCGUCUGUUCUCUGGGGUUUUUAUUUUCAAUCUGAUCUCUUUGUAUUCAUGCUCUGAGGCAGGGUUAGUGUGUGUGUUUUGAAGUCGGGGAGGAGAGAUGGAAAUCAUCAGGUGACUUUAUUAUCCAGUUGCGUUCCGUGCACAAAUCCCUCUCUAUCUGUGAAGACAUUGACAAGAGCUGGAGACGAUCAACGAUCUCAAGUAUAUACAGAGUAUUUCAUUGUAUUAUUUCUGCAGUUUUGCUUGUCUACCUUUAUUUUAUAUUCGUAUUUGACUGCAAAAAAUAUAUGGCAGCGUACAUGGAUUGUGAGAAGAGGAGCGCUGAAGAGUUUGAGCCGUGUUCGGAGGAUUUCUGAAAGCAGCGACAGCACUUGGAGUAUCUUUUACAGUGCUGGGACAAAAUUCUGUGAAGCCAGAAAUACUUGCAACCAAAACAUUGCCAGAAAUGUGACGGCCUGUUACAGUAUAUGAAGUAUGUAUUGUCAGUGAAAUUUGGUUUCUUUUUUUCAUAGAUGAAAACCGCCUAAUAAAAGGCUUGCAAAUAUUCAUAUAAUAUAAUAUAUUUACAGUACUUGCAAAGCACAGCACUGGAGAUGAAACAACACAUUAGUAAUUAUCCCUGCAUCAGUUCUCCUGUUUAUCUAGUUCAUUGUUUAAGUGUCCUUAUAGCAAAGUCCUGGUUCUAUCUAAUUGCUUAUCUUUGCCUCAUUAACCCAUUUGAAGAUUUCUCUGCUACACGCACCUGACUUUUGGAGAGUCAGUUUUUGUGUAGAGAAGGAGAGAGAAGAGUGUGGUUGCUGUAUUUUCUAAUCUCCAGAUUCAAUUGUCAUGUUGACUUUAAAUGUUGAAUUUGAUUUGCAUUUUCAAUAUUUAUAAAUUAUAACUGAAAGUACGCAUUUCAGAACUUUGAAGUAUGUUUUUGUUAACAUUUAUGUAUUAAGGUAAAUCUGAAAAA